AUGAAGUUUAUCACAAGCGUCCAUGCUGCGGCAGUAACUUCAGCCAUCACAGCUCCUAACUCAUUGGAUGUCAAGAGUCUAUCAUCGGUACGAAAUGUCGCUGCCACUCUUGCAUACGAUGCCAUGUCCUACUACAAGGGCAAUCUCUCCGCCCCGGACUCGGUCGCCAUGGGAGAUCUCCAGGAUCCAUAUUACUGGUGGACGGCCGGCGCACUCUGGGGGGCGAUGCUCGACUACUAUCACUUCACAGGGGACUCGACUUACAACGACGUCGUAAUCCAAGCUCUGCUGGCACCCACGAAUCUCGGAAUCCAGCAGUCGUACAUGCCGGCAGAACACGAAUUCGAAGAAGGAAACGACGAUCUCUUCUUCUGGGGCUCGGCUGCCAUUGCCGCCGCCGAGCGAAAUUUUCCGCAGCCAAAUGUGACUCUGCCCUCGUGGCUGGACUUGGGAGCUAAUGUCUUCAACCAGCUCGCGAGCCGCUGGACGACGCAAGACUGCGGCGGUGGUCUCCUGUGGCAGAUUUACGCAUCCAAUCCGAACGGCUUGACGUACAAGAACUCCGUCAGCAACGGGGGCCUGUUUCAAAUAGCUGCGAGGAUGGCUCGCGCCACGGGCAACGACACGUAUCUCGAGUGGGCAGAGAAGGUCUGGGACUGGUCCAUGGAUAUUGGUUUCAUCGAUCCUGAAUCGUAUCACGUUUACGACGGCGCUGGUAUCGAUACCAACUGCACCAAGACGAACCCAGCAUCCUUCACUUACACUAGCGGCAUCUAUCUUUACGGCGCGGCCGUCAUGGCAAACUAUACCAAGAAGCCCGAGUGGAAGCAGCGCACCGAGAAACUGCUGGACGGCGCCGGCUGGUUCUUCACUCCGCCCAACAGCACCGCCAAGAUCAUGUACGAGGGCGCCUGCGAGACCGUCGAACGCUGCGACGCCGACAUGACGACCUUCAAGGGCUACCUGGCACGCUUCAUGUGGCAGUCAACGCAAAUGGUCCCCUCCCUCCGCGAGAAAGUCGAGGGCCUUCUCACUAUCAGCGCUCAAGCUGCCGUGAAAACUUGCACGGGAACCGAGACUGGCCGUGCCUGUGGCCAGAAGUGGUACGUGGGCGAAUUCGACGGCUUGACCAACUUGGGGUCGGAGAUGUGCGCGCUCGAGACUGUUCAGGGGCUGCUGAUUGACGGGGCCGCGCCGCCUUUGGAGGCAAAGGAUAUCAAGACUGUGCGGGAUACGAAUUGGCCUCCUCAGGAGAGUUAUACGCCUACGCCCUCGCAGGCGCCGACGACAAAGCGAGGCAUUGCGGGAGAUGCGAAGCCGACGGAGAACGCUGCUGGUGCGAGACUGAAUCUUGAUUUCAAGCCGUUGACGGUGGUUGGUUUUGGAAUACUACUGGCCACUUGGGGUCUGGCUUAA